GGGAACAGCCCCAAGAUGGCGGCGGGCGGGCCGGCCCCGCCGCCGCGCCCGGGGUCACGUGUCCCGCCGCCGCCCAAUCAGCGGCGGGGGCGGCGCGGGCGCCAAGAUGGCGGACGGGAAGGACCCGCUGCCCAAGCUGAAGGACCUGGCCUUCCUGAAGGACCAGCUGGAGAGCCUGCAGCGCAGGGUGGAGGACGAGGUGCAGGCGGGCGUGGGGCAGGAUGGCUCCCUGCUGGCCUCGCCCUUCUUCAAAGGCUUCCUGGCCGGCUACCUGGUGGCCAAGCUGCGCUUCUCGGCCGUGCUGGGCUUCGUGGCGGGCACCUGCGCCGGGAUCUACGCGGCUCAGAGCUACGCGGUGCCCGACGUGGGGAAGGCCGUGCGGGACUGCCUCGGCGCGCUGAAAAAAGGUCGGGACUAGCGAGGAGCCCUCGGCCAGCGGUGACUAGGAACGGUCCUCCUCGGGUGCGAGUCUGUCCGGCCUGUCUGCACGUAGAGCAGCUUGCCCCUGCUGGCUGCUGCCUGAAAAUGGUGAUGUUUGGUAAUGCUGCUGGCUCUGCAAACCGGCUGCUCCGGAGGGGGCUGUGGGCUCUGAUGCUGAUGGUGUCUGUAGCCAUCUAUGGCUCUCAUGCUCCCCUCCUCACCCUGUGCAAGGUGGACCAGAGGAUCCCCUUCAGCUCUGCCUCCGUCGUGGUCCUUGUCGAGCUGACAAAACUGCUCUGCUCCCUCCUCUUCCUGCUGACCUGGGACCGGCAGCUGCUGGGAGUCACCGUGUCCUGGCACCAUGUUGUCCCCUUCGCCCUCUCUGCCCUGCUCUAUGCUGCCAACAACAACCUGGUGGUUCACAUGCAGCUCUUCAUGGAUCCCAGCACCUACCAGGUCUUGAGUAACUUGAAGAUCGUCAGCACCGCGCUCCUCUACAGCCUCUUCCUGCGCCAAAGGCUCAGCAGACGCAGGUGGCUGGCCCUCCUCCUGCUGGUGGCUGCUGGGGUGAGCUACAGCUGUGGGGGCCUGCAGGACCCUGGCAGCCCUUCCCAGAUGAAGCUGCACAUCACACUGGUGGGCUUGGUGCUGAUCUCCGUGUACUGCCUGAUAUCAGGCCUGUCUGCUGUCUACACAGAAGCCAUCCUGAAAACCCAGGCGCUGCCUCUCAGCCUUCAGAACCUCUUCCUUUACUUCUUUGGGGUCCUGCUCAACUUGAUUGGCUACUUCUGGAGCAGCACAGAGGGCAGUUUCUUGGAGGGCUUUUCCUCCUGGGUGCUCGUGAUUGUGGUCAGCCAGGCCUUGAACGGCUUGAUCAUGUCGGUGGUCAUGAAGCACAGCAGUAACAUCACCAGGCUCUUCGUGAUCUCCUGCUCGAUCCUGGUCAACGCCCUCCUGUCCAUCACCCUCUUCAACCUGCAGCUCACCCUCCUCUUCUUCGUUGCUGUCUCGUGCAUCGGCCUCGCCGUUCACCUGUACUAUGGGGUCAGGUAGCUGCUGCCUUCCUGCCCUGCCUGCUGCAGGGCAGCCCUUAGUUGUUCCUCAGGGGUGCUGGAGCUGGUGCUGGGAGCACAGCUCUGGCUGGUGGCCUCCCCACCCUGCUCUUUGCAGGGACUCAUUCCUGAGUUGGGACACACAAAGUCCCAACGGGGAGGAGUGUCCGUGGGGAGGGUGCCCUGCCCCUGAUUCCAGGGGGGAAGCUGGGCUCUGCUCCAGCCUAGCCGUGCCAGGGGGUUCCUGUGCAGCUGGGGGGGCCCAGCUUCGAGGCUGGCUCCUGAGUGUCUCCUUCACGUGUGGGAUCACGUUCUGGAGCUUCUCUCCCAGCUUCCCUGCACCAAAGACCACACAGCUCCUCGUGCCUCUCACUGCUGCUGCUGCCAGCCCUGCAGCCUCCCUGCCUGGGCCUGACGCUGCUGCUGCUGCUCUGGACAGUGCUUCCUGGUGGCAGGGAGGCCACCUCCCUCUGACAUGCCCAGCUGAUCCCAGCCCUUGGCUCUGGGGGAGCUUCAGGCUGUGGGAGGUGAUCCCUGCUGGCCUGUGACCCCUCAAGGCCUUGGUGAGGUGGGGAAGGUUUCUCCCUCUGUGGCUGUAGAGGUACCAGGGCAGGGCUGGGUGCAGCUGCCUGGAGAACCUCAUGCCACGGGUGUCUCUCCCACCUUUCUGUUUGGCUGACCCCUUGCCCCGGCCUCUGGCUGAAGGGGCAUUCAGCUCAGGCCCCAUUUCUGCCUCUCGGGCAUCGUGGCCCUGCUCUGUGUGGAGCAGGUGGGGAACAAGGGUGGUGGGAACUGUUUCACCUGCUCCCCAAAAGAGGGGCAGCACCUGGAUGUGUGCCAGCGCUGUGGCUGGGGAGUUCCUGGCAGGCAGAAGUCACCGCUGGCUCUGGCCACGGUUAUUAAAGUUGUGGUUCAAUAGCA